AUGUCCAAAAACACACAUGAAUCAAGGCGAACUUAAAGAUCGAUUGAGGUGUGUGUGUCGACUGACUAUCAUAUGGAACUGCAAAUGGGCGAACAUUCCACGGCACUCCUAGACACACACACACAUACCGAUCCAUCCGUCCAGAUAGCCCCUCCCUCCCUCCCUCCCUCCCAGGUCGAUCGCCCGUCAGCCAUCACUCAGCCAUUAGAGCAAGUCAAGUGCCCCUGACCCCCAAUCAGGCGCACAAACAAAACAACCGACGGACGAGCAAGAGCACGACAGCACACAGCCCCACCCUGCCCCCAGACAGACGUCCAUGUUUGUGUUGUCAGUGGAUGGAUGGACUACGGCAUGAUAUGGUCUGGUGCUGCGAUCCGUGACCGUAAUGGAGGAUGAUACUUACGUAGCAAAAAUAGCUCCACACACAUACACACACACAUCAAUAAGGAGCACUCAGCGAUCGGUCAAGAAGAAGACUGCACGCACAUGCACAACACAACACACACACACACACACAGUUAUGUCAGAUCCAAUGCACUCCUAGUUAUGUCAGAUCCAAUGCACUCCUCUCUCCGUUCCUCUCGAUCUCGUGUUGGUUGGCGGCUUACGGUGUGUCCAGUGUGUCCGCCAAACUGCCCGGGCUGCUGUGAUGAGAACGACUCACGGCCUGGUACUGGGGCUGGGCCUGCUGCUGUGCCGCAAUACCGCCAUACUGCAGCGCCUGCUGGUGUGGGGGCGCCUGUGCGUGGGGCGGCAGGGAGGGCUGCUGAGGCGGGCCCACCACGGUCGCACCACCAGCAGCCCCAGCAGCAGCACUCCCAGGUCCGCCGGCGGCCACCUGUGCGGCCCCCACAUCGAGGAGGACCAACUGGAAGAGCUUCUUGAUGUCUUGGCCCACGACCUCAUGCUUGAAUUCAUCCUCCCACAACUUGCAUCUGCAGACAGACAGAUGUGUGUUGGUGUGCUGAAUGGCAUCGCUCUCUCGUCUGUCUCUCCGUGUGUGUGAGUGGGGUGUGUGGCGUGCCGUACCUUGGGUUUCUGAUGAGUUCGAUGAAGGUGAUGAGGAGGCCCCAGGGAUGCGGGCGGUCCACUGCCAAACGAUCCAACAACACCCUAUCAACAAACACAAGGCACACACACACACACACAGAGAGAGAGAGAGACAGCCACGACGGAAGUUGGUUGGGUGCGUACGCUUCAUACCCUUGAUAGAAGGCUUUUGGAGAGGAUGUCCUCCCACAAGGUCCGGUAGGCUGAAAGCGGACCGAUCGCUCGAGAUGCAAAUUGAACAUGAUGCGUUGGUCGGUCGGUCGGGCGUGUGUACUCACCUUCCUUCUCUUGAGUUGCAGACCAUUGAUGCCAGUGGACUUUGAUCACAACAGGCAGAUUCGCUGAUCGAUCGCCGGUAGGAAACUCAAACAGGACACAUGUAUGUGUCACUGUCGUGUUUUCACCUACUGGCUGUCGAGGGGGGGCUGCUGUCGGGAAAAGAGAGCAUGUCUUGAGCACAAGCAGGGGAGGAGCAUGUAUCGCGUGUUCAUUCCGUCCCUGCUUGUGCUCCUCCCGGCAUACCUUUCGACACGUCAGCGAAGAAGGCGAUUCCAUGGCCGCCGGCUGAAAAGCUGCAUCCGACCAACAGGCAGCAGAGCAUUCAACACAUCCCCCUUCCAAAAACGACGGGCCUCGGCCUACAUCAUCUUGUAGUCCAUCGCAUCGAGCGUGAACCGGCUGUGGUCGUCCACGAGGCUGAGAACGGUGGUUCUGUCCUUGCCUUCCGUGGUCGAAAACCUGUAUGGCUCCACUUUAUCCACCCCUAACGAGUGGUCAGGGCUGGAGUGGACCAAAGUCAUGGAGAAAAGCCUCGUGGCUACCGUGGGCGUACACGUGCUCUAUGGAGCAGACGCUGACAAGGGGGUCGCCGUUUGAGUCGUCGUCCAUACUGUCCGACUCCACAGGCUGUAGCAAGGGCGUGGUGUCCGCCGUCGAUGCUCUAAUGGGCCACCUCGCGCAGAGAGCGACCAGGAGGGAAAGGAACUUCAGCUUCAUCUUUACCCUCAGUACUGAUCUG